AUGAAGUCGGACGUCCUUGCGUACAGGCAGGGGCACGGAUCCAAUCUGGUGAGUUCCUUCGGAUGCCGAGAGCGCGCAAGCCCUGCCCAGGAUGCCAAUUCUGCCCUGCGCUGUGUAACUAGGUCUUAUAGUAUAAAGCCGGUAGCUACUUACACUUCCACUGUUCAUAAUACAUUAUCAUCUGCGGAGAAUUAUCAUCAGUCACACGAAAACAUGUCUCUCACCGACCUCGCAGCUCGAAUCACCGCCAACGCCCAACUCCUUGAUGCCCACCUCAAGUCCCACAACCUACCAUCUCCGUCAACAUCUAUCCACACCUGUCCUGACUUUCCCAACCCGAACAACGACCCGGCCGUGGAAUCAGCCCGCAUAGCUCUUCUCGAAGACACCCAGACCCUGCGCAACUACGCUCUCGGUCCAGCGCAGGUCAUCCGCGAACUAUGCUGGAAUCCCGAACCGGAUCGUGUCGCGCAUACGGCGUCUUCAGCCGCUCUUGUCACAAAUGCGCCCUUCUAUGAUUGGUUCGGGCAUUCAGUGGAGGAGGUGUUUCCUGCUAGUGCGAAGCUUGCGGAGGCUUUGGAGAGAUGUAGUCAGGGUGGAAUAGGGGAUUUGAGGGCGGAAGAUAGUGCGUUUAGUUUGGCUGUUGGUGGUGGGGAAAGUGUGUUUGAAUUCUUUGAAAAGAGGCCUGAUAAGCAGAGACGGUUUCGAGGGGCGAUGGAGGCGGUGGGUAUGGAUGGGGGUCAUGAUUUGGGGUUUGUGGUUGGGGGGUUUGACUGGGGUAAGGUGGGGAGGGGGGUCGUUGUUGAUGUAGGAGGAUCUUCCGGCUUUCUGAGCAUUGCUCUUGCGAAUGCAUACGAGAACCUCUCUUUCGUGGUGCAGGAUUACAAACAUACUGCUGAUGAAGGGCGUGCGGCACUACCCUCUCAUCUGAGUGAACGGGUGUCCUUUCAGGCGCAUGACUUCUUCGCUCCGCAGACUGUGACCGGCGAUGUGUAUCUUCUUCGUCAUGUCUGUCAUAAUUGGUCUGAUGAGAAUGCGGCGCGGAUCUUACGGAAUCUGGUCCCUGCUAUGAAGAGUAGUAGUAGGAUUUUGCUGGUUGAGGUUGUGACUGUUCGCCCAGGGGUUGUGAAUAGGGUGCAGGAGAAAUAUAUGCGGAAUGUCGAUGUCACCAUGUUGCAGAUGCUGAAUACCCAGGAGCGGAGUAAGGAGGAUUGGGAGAGUGUAGUUACCUUGGCGGAUAAGAGGUUGAAGGUUCUGGAGAUUCAUCGACCUGAGGGAAGUUGGGAUUCGAUUAUUGAGAUUGGGUUGGUGGUUAUGAAUGGACAUGAUUAG